CCCUCCGCUGCUUCACUCAGAAAUCAAAUUCACAAGCUCACAAAAAUCUCAACAAAAAAGGAGAAGAUUUACAGAAAAAGCUCAAAUUACAGAGGAACUUCGAGAAGUAAAUCAAUGGAGGUGAAGAGGAUCCAUGCAUUGUCGUUCGCGUUUCUGCUUCUCUUUGUUUCAGAAUUCCUGUGUGGAAUAGCAGUAGCAGCCGAAGAUUCACCGAAGGUGGGGACGGUGAUAGGAAUCGAUCUCGGAACAACGUAUUCUUGUGUGGCAGUUUAUAAGAACGGUCAUGUGGAAAUCAUAGCGAACGAUCAAGGCAACAGAAUCACACCCUCCUGGGUCGCAUUCACUGAUACGGAGCGUUUGAUCGGAGAGGCGGCGAAGAACCAAGCCCCUCUCAACGCAGAACGCACGAUUUUCGACGUCAAGCGACUCAUUGGGAGAAAGUUUGAUGAUCCAGAGGUGCAGAGAGAUAUUAAGUAUUUGCCCUAUAAGGUUGUGAACAAAGAUGGGAAGCCUUACAUUCAGGUGAAGGUUAAAGGUGAAACCAAGGUUUUUAGCCCUGAGGAAAUCAGUGCUAUGAUUUUGGGAAAGAUGAAGGAAACCGCCGAGGCCUAUCUCGGGAAGAAGAUCAAAGACGCCGUGGUAACCGUUCCAGCGUAUUUCAAUGAUGCGCAGAGGCAGGCUACCAAGGAUGCAGGCAUCAUUGCCGGGCUCAAUGUGGCUCGGAUAAUCAAUGAGCCCACGGCCGCAGCCAUUGCCUAUGGUCUAGACAAGAAAGGAGAGAAGAACAUACUGGUUUAUGAUCUUGGUGGUGGUACAUUUGAUGUUAGCAUCUUGACCAUUGACAAUGGCGUGUUUGAGGUGAGGUCUACGAGUGGAGACACUCACUUAGGAGGAGAGGACUUCGACCAUAGAGUGAUGGACUACUUCAUCAAGUUGAUCAAGAAGAAAUAUAACAAAGAUAUUAGCAAGGACAACAAAGCUCUCGGGAAACUUCGAAAGGAAUGUGAGAGAGCUAAGAGAGCGUUGAGUAGCCAGCAUCAGGUUCGAGUGGAAAUUGAAUCUCUUUUUGAUGGCAUUGAUUUUUCGGAGCCAUUGACAAGGGCUAGAUUCGAGGAGUUGAAUAUGGACUUGUUCAAGAAAACCAUGGGGCCGGUGAAAAAGGCUAUGGAAGAUGCAGGCUUGAAGAAGAAAGAUAUUCAGGAGAUUGUCCUGGUUGGAGGGAGUACCCGAAUUCCUAAGGUGCAACAGAUGUUGAAGGACUACUUCGAUGGGAAAGAGCCAAGCAAGGGGAUCAAUCCUGAUGAGGCUGUUGCAUAUGGUGCUGCAGUUCAAGGUGGAGUUCUCAGUGGUGAAGGCGGAGAAGAAACCAAAGAUCUUCUUUUGCUUGAUGUCGCUCCAUUGAGUCUUGGUAUCGAAACAGUUGGUGGCGUCAUGACAAAAUUGAUUCCAAGGAACACUGUCAUCCCGACGAAGAAGUCUCAAGUCUUCACCACUUAUCAGGACCAGCAAACCACAGUAACCAUCAAGGUGUACGAAGGUGAAAGAAGCUUGACAAAGGAUUGUCGUGAGCUUGGAAAGUUUGAUCUCACCGGCAUUCCACCUGCUCCAAGGGGAGUGCCCCAAAUCGAGGUGACAUUUGAGGUCGAUGCAAAUGGCAUCCUACAUGUGAGGGCAGAGGACAAGGCCGCGAAGAAGUCUCAAUCCAUAACGAUCACCAAUGACAAGGGGCGUCUAAGCCAGGAAGAAAUAGAGAGAAUGGUGAAGGAGGCUGAGGAGUUUGCCGAGGAGGAUAACAAAGUGAGGGAAAAAAUAGAUGCCAGGAACAAACUUGAGACCUACAUUUACAGCAUGAAGAGCACUGUCAAUGACAAGGACAAGCUGGCGGAUAAGAUUGAUUCGGAUGACAAGGAGAAGAUCGAAAGCACGCUGAAGGAGGCGCUCGAGUGGCUGGAUGACAACCAAAACGCCGAUAAGGAUGAUUUCGACGAGAAGCUGAAGGAGGUGGAGGCAGUGUGCAAUCCGGUGAUAAAGCAAGUGUAUGAGAAGAGCGGUGGAAGUUCUGGUGGUUCACAGGAUGAGGAAGAACCAAAUGAUGAGCUGUAGAAACUAUGAAACGCCGAAUGUUUGAGAGUGUCAUUGUCUUUUUUCUUCUCCUUUUCUUUUUUGGCGGGUGUUAGAGCUUAAAAUGUAGCAUGAUUGAUAGUGUCUAUAUAAUUGUAUGUGUAUUUGAACAUUAAUUUCGAACUUUUAAUUCCGAAUGAAAAUUAAGAGGUUUUUUGGUUUCUA